UAAUUGGAGACAUUCUCAUUCAUUAGUAUUGUAAACAACGAGAGUAUAUAUAUUAGAAUACAAUGGAGAUAAAGCAAGCAAGUAAGUCACUGAAGCAGAUGCUGAAGAGAUGUUCAAGCUUGGGGAAGAAGAGCAGCGAACACGUCCCUAAGAAGGGUCAUUUUGCUGUCUACGUGGGCCACUCCAGAGAUCGCCACGUCGUCCCCAUCACAUUCCUCAAUCACCCAACCUUCAAGAUAAUGCUGCAAGCAGCGGAGGAAGAGUUCGGGUUUAGGCAAGAGGGAGGCCUCACCAUUCCUUGUGACCAAAACAUAUUUCUCUCUCUCUUAGACUCCAUCACAUCUUACUAA